AUGGACGCUAAACAGACUGCACUAAAAAUAAGCUACAAGGGAGAACUGCAUCGUCUGCGUGUGGAUCUCAGCACGUUUUCGCUAGAGACAUUGACGGCAUUGUUUGUGGAGACGUUUCACCUCGCGCCUGGUAGCUUUGUGGUGCAGUACACGGACCUUGAAGGUGACUGUUUGAACGUGUCGUCGCAGGCUGAGUAUGAGGAAGCGUGCCGUGUACUGUUGGCGGACGGCAAGAGCUCCAAAUCGCUGCGUUUUGAGGCGGUGAGUCGCACUGCCAUUGUGUUUCAGGAGAACGUGGCCGACCCGAUUCUUAAGGCUAUUGAGAAGCUUGUGGAGACGCUGAACGUGGCCAUGGAGAAGGUGAAGCACGAACAGUGGGCCGAGAAGGCGCAGCAGACGGCGCAGACUGGUCUUAACCAGACCAAUGAAGCGCUGAAGACUGUGGCGCAUGAUGCUUGCGAGUCGCUUCAUGCUGCGCGUCAGAGUAUCCAAGAGAUUCCAUUUGACCAGCUCAUGAAGGAGACGACGGAGGGCAUUAAGUGCGCUGCUGAGGGGAUCAGUGAGUUUGCGAAGGAGGUUGUGGGUGAGAUUAAGAACAUGAAGUUGCCACCUCUCCAGACGGAGGUUGCCCCCACCCCUGAUGUGCAGCCGAAACAGACAGAAGCUACGGUUGUUGAGGAGUCGGUCGAGGUUCCUCUUGCUGCCGCUAGUAGCGAUAGCGAGUGGGAGCAGGUGAUGGAGCAAGAGCAGACUCCUGCUGUCGUGGAAGAGGCUCCUGUCGUGGUUCCAUCUGCUGCCCCUGUCCUAACGGAGGAAGAGAUGAAGUGGUCGGCCGAGUUGUCGAUGGUGCGUGACAUCUUUCCUGGUGUGGAGACUGCUGUCGUCAUUGACCGUUUGGAGCAGUGCAACGGCAACGUGCAGGUUGUGUUGAAUGCUUUGAUGGAGGAGAUGUAA